AUGAGUCGGGCACUGAUCUGUCGAAGGAAACGAGAAGUCAUGGAGUCCCUGAACCUCAUUGCUCUCCUUUUUCUAUCAGGAGCGAUGUUAUUUCCCACUCAAGGCUUUAAGAUCGAAGGCAGGAAUAUGAACAAUUUUGCAACUGUUGUGAACUGUGCCAAUGAGAGUGUGAAUAACCUGGCUAUCUACAACUAUGGUUGCUUCUGUGGGAUUGGAGGAACUGGCAACCAACCUGUUGAUGCCAUUGACAGAUGCUGCUAUUUACAUGAUCAAUGUUACGGUCAAGCCAUUAUCAUGGGCUGCUCCAUUUGGACUACACUCUAUAUUUCACGCUGCUAUGAUGCUGUGCCCACAUGCGGUGGCUCAUGGCUGACAUGGUUUCCGUGUGUUAAUAAGCUGUGCGAAUGUGAUCUGACAGCUGUCAAGUGUUUCAGAAAACAUAGCGACGAGUUCAACCAGAGUUUUGUGCAUUAUAACCAAGAUCUGUGUCAGUCCAGUCCUUACGUCAACUCGCAGUGAGGCGAUGGAGUUGGGAAAUCCACCACCAAGCAUUUAUCCAAUGAAAUGUUCCAUGUCUAAUUGAUGGGAUUUCUCUCCUGUGGUCUCACUGAUUUUGU